AUGGCAGGUUUCACUCCUUUACCACCACAUUUCCGACACAGCUCAGCCACAUUCAGUGAAUCUAUCUUAUCAUGCAACAAGACUCAGGACUGCUCUGAAGCAAAAUCAUAUCAAACAGCUCAUGAAGUUGUGUCAAGUCUUCCUCUUCAGAUGUUGCUGUAUUUCAACGUUUUCUUCUUUCCCUUUUGGUGGAUAGCUGAACUUCUUAUGCUUGAACUGAAGUAUAAUUUGUUGCCUGGUUAUUACCAGUUCUUAACUGUCACAGCUUUGAUUACCAUCACAUUGAUUGAAUUCUUACGUCUAUACUUGGGCUACCUAGGGAAUCUUCAAGAAAGGGUACCAGAGCUGGCUGUGUUUUGCCUGCUGUCCAUCCUGAUUCAGCUGCCGGUAUUUCUUUUCUUAAUGACUGAUGAAGGACUUAUCAUCCUUCCCCUGGAGAGGGCAGUGAAUUUUCUGUACCUUAUUUUUCUUUCUGCUGAGAUUAUGACUGCCUUCUUUGCUUUGAAAGUGAUGACAAGCCACUUAGCCAUGGAAUUUCACCACCGUCAAUACGAAGACAAAGAUGGUCAUCAACACAUAGCCAGGAACCAAGUGAGACAUCAUUCAUUCAGCAGGAGCACCCAUCCUAUUAGAUGGGCAAAGAAUGUGUAUGUGUGA